UAAAUGUAUUUUCCUUGGAUGCUUUAUUUCUUUCCUUCUUGAAACAAGUGAACCAAACAUAGAGGAUAACCCAUUAUUAUCGGUAUGCAUAUAAAGGGUUACUGAUAGCCUUCCACAAACAGGAGUCAGCAAACUUUUGCUGUAAAGGGCAGAUAGGAAAUAUGGAGGCUUUGAGAGCCAGACGCAACUACUCUACCUUUGUAGCACAACAGCCAUAGUAGGCAGUCCAUAAACCAAUGAGCACGGCUGUUUUCCGGUAUGACAAUAAAAACAGCCAGUGGGCCACAGUUUGCUGACCCCUGAAAUGAAGGAUUUAAGAUUUGAUUUUUCUCCCAACUUCUUAUUUUGAAAAAGAAACUAAAUGUACAGAAAGUCGAAAGAAUGGUACAAUAAAUAAGGUCUUUUAAAAAUUAUUUUUCUUUUAUUAUCAUUCUUUUGACUUCUGGAUACAAGCUGUGACUCCUACACUCAAACCCCACUACUCCCAUGCCUGUCAUUCUCCUGAUUGAUAAUAAAUUGUCUAGUCAAAGCAUUGUCACAUAUGUUCCCUCACAACCAUUCUGUGAAGCUGAUAGGGUAGACCACUACAUAUUAUAGAAAAAAAGCUAGAACAGCUAAAGAGUGUGUUGUUUUAGGCCUGAAGUAAUCAAGAUCAUGGUCCUGUUGUCUUGGCCGCUGUCCCUGUAAAAUGGGGACAUUACCUUUCCAGUCUGUGGAGCAGAUAAUAUAGGAAGACAUCAUGUUGAAAAUGAGUGUUCUCUACCAAGGAAGAGGUUAUUUUUAUUGUGCUACAUCAAAAUCAGUGGUUAAUUUCUCCAGGUCAAUUUUACUUCUGUUUUCCAUAUCCAGCUUUAGUUAUUUAAAUCCUUGUCAACAUUCUUGGUUCUCUCCUCCCCCUGAUUUUAUUAGCUACCUCAGUCAAUAUGUGUACUUGACAAAUUCCUGUUAGCCAAAUAGUUUAAGUUGGUACAAAUUUGGAUUACUUUUGAUCACUAAUGAACACUUUGUGGUUGGAAAAUUAGGAGGAUAAAGGAAUCUUAUACAGCCAGCUUCUGCAUUUCAAAGUGAGAACUUUUAUUAAAGUUAAUUUACAGUUUAACAGUGGAAAAAGGGGAAGUGUGCCUACAGUGGGACAUGUGGAGUCAGUGGUGAUACAGUCUAAACAUUUUAAAUUGUUUUCAAAGCUUUGCAUGUUUAAGGUGAUAACAGGUUCAGAUUUACAAAAUGGAGGAGACAGUUGUAGGGAGAAGUUGAUGUAAGUCAUUUUAACUGGCCACUGUCAUGGUUAUUCUUAGUGGCUCAGUCUAAGCCACUAAGAUUAUGGGACUUAACCUUGAAGGUCAUUGACGGGAAGGGAGGGUCUAGAGAGUGAAACAUGGAAGGUGAUUCCAAGUUGGAGUUGGUUAUAGACCAGUAGGGGAGGACAGACAGAAAUAGGUAAGUGUCAUAAGUGUGGUAGCUAUUAUAUAAUAGGUGUUGGCACGAGGAUGCAGGCUGUGUGGUUAUCAAGUUGUCCCCGCAGAGACCUGGAGGUGUGAAGCAGCAAGGCCCUGUUAGGGUGACUGCAAGGUGCUCACUGCAACAAGAGUGGAGGGUGGGCAGCCAGAGGUGGCAGGAGCCAAAGGAAGGCCUGAAGGUGGAUGGUAAGGUGUGGUGUGCCUGAGUUCGGGUAAAGAUUUUGGAGAAGGGCCACAAGGGAUUUUAAACAGCUGCUAAAAAUUGUAACAUUUUUAAUAACCUCCAAAGCACUCAAAGGUGCCUUCUGGGUGGUCAGUGAUGUAGGUGAAGGAAUGAGCCACCAGACAAGAGUGCUGCUUUAUUCUGGAGGUUCUCUCCCUGCCCUGGAGGAGAUGGUGUUGAUGUGUAGUGGCCUACAAUGGCAAAAUGAGCAAGUGGCCUGUGUGGAGUAGCUGAGGCUAAAACUUGGGGGUUGGGGAGGGGUUUGAGAGCUGCUGCAAGAGAACUGGAUUGCUCUGGGUGUACAGAAGUAGAACGAGCUGGGUGGAGGACAGACAUCUGACUCAAAAGGGGGGGUGUGUGUGCAGGAACUUGUAUCCACUUGGAGGUUUUCCACAGGACCAGAGCUAUGGGGGAGGAAACCCACAAAUAAUUAGGAAUGUGACCAUGCAACUAAGCUGGGCAGCUUUAGCUUAUUGUAAAACCUUUUAUUCCCAAUCUACCGCUAGUUUUCCCAUGGGAUUUAAGUUUCAAAGUAUGUAUAUUUUAAAAAUUGGGUGAACCCAGAUUAGAGUUUAAUCUAUAAAAGUAGUGAGUGAGGUCAGGAACUAUAGAACUGAGAACAAUUAACCAUCCCUUUUCAGUUCCUAUCUAACCUUUCAAUACUGUGAUUCAAAUGUUCUGUUGCUAGUUGUUGGUUGACAGCCAUAGGCGCAUCAUGACAAGGCUUCUGACCUAAAACUGUGCGGCAGGCCCAUCCAGGAGCACCAGUGUCUUCAAACUAUUUGGACUGGGAGUGUUGGUGAGGAGACCUGUUAGCUACUCACCGGGUGGGGAUUAGAAGCAAUAAAAGCUCACAGCCUCAGGGCCUGCACAAGAGGUCUCCUGGAAUGUCUACUUUCCAGAGGAAUUCCUGCUAAUGAGGAAGCCAGUUGGCUGUUUGCCUAGUGCCAUCUGGAGACCUGGAAGUGUCACAGAAGUUUGUGAGGCUUCUUAGAUGUUGACUUUGUGGACUAGUCUAUUGACAAGUGCUGACUUUCACUGUGUUGGGAGCAUGGAACAAUGGCAUUGGGUUUGACUCCUUCCAGCAUUCAGGCAGAAAUGCCAUUCAACCCCUUCCCACACCUAUUGCCUGUUUAAUGGCCACUUGGCCUUCUCUGCCAUUUGGUGGCAUCCGUUCCUCCCAAAUGUCUUCCACUUGUGAGUUCCUAACUAGAUCUUCUUGGCCAAUCUGGCUCCUCUCUGUGUGUGCCCAUUUGAUAAUGAAGCAGGGUCAACUUGGAUUUCUUUUUUAAGGGCCAAGACAAAAUAUCCAAGAGCCCGCAUACAGUGGUUCAUUUCUAAACCUUUACUGGUUUGAAGGACUUGUAAUCCCAGUUAAUAGAUAAGAAGGCAGGUUACCAUAAUGCAAGAAAUUCAUAGUCCUGUAUAAAGCCCGGCUCUGGGCUCCCUGUCAGCUAUUUUGCCAUUAGUGGCUGUGAAAUCCUAUGAAAACCUCAAAGGAAGUUGAGUUCUUUUUUUUUUUUUUUCUUUUUUAUUUGCUCGCAGUGAGGUUCUACUGGGUGUGAUGCUGAAAAAUCUUUCCACAUUGGUGUGUUUUACUUCUUGAUUAGGGCAAUUUUGCUUGCAUAAAAAGGUCUUUGAAAUGCCUCAUGAUAAUAGUACCUUAUAUGUCUAUAAAUCACAAUGGCUCAGUUCUGACAGUUUUUUUACAUUUAAGGUAUAACGUGGCAUUGUGUUUCAAAUAUCUCUUGAUGAUUCUCCUAAAUUAUUUGGGCAUAUGUUUUUAAUUGGCAAAAAAAUAACCAGACUUCAGGAGUUGGUCAUUUUUAUUCCAUCAAGUUAAUGGUGAGUGGCUUAUUUAAUAAAAACAUGUCAGUAAUUCAACACAAAUAGCACGUACAGCUGUUCAUUUGUCAAUCUUUUUGCCUGUAUGAAGCAUCUUAAACUGUUUUGCUAAAGGAUAGGGUCACCAAGAGGGGAAAUCUGUCAUUUUGAAUAAUUCUUCCCCCAAGGCACCCGUAUCACCAGCCGCUGUUAGGUGAGGUGGGGUGCUGCAGCAAGCGCCCGUCAUGGCCGGACGAGGGAUGUUGAAAAAGCUGAGAGAAUCGCAAUCUGCGAUUUUUUUUUUACCCCCUCUGAGCUGAAAGCUCCCGGACAGAAGAUUAACUUCAUUCUUACAGAGAAACGAUUGUCCGAAAGCACCCAGCCAGUUGGUAGCGACGCGGACCGCUCACAUCGGGUUCCUGUGCUCGGAGCCGUAACCGCCGCUGCCUGCCUUCGCCCACGUGUGCAUCGGGGAGUUGUAAAGUGAGUUGUGAGGCUAAAACGAGGCGGGAAGUCCAGCCUCGAUCGUCAGAAGCAGCGUUCUCCGGGGCCGGAGGCCGCGGUGGCGUCCGGAGAAGGGCGCCCUCGGCUCGGUGGGAGCUCGGCGGGCCCCGGGCCCUUGCCUUCAGCAUCCUCACCUCGCUCCCCUUCCUCCGAAGUUGCGGAGGUGCCGGGAAGAGGAGGGGCCUCGCCUCGGGCGCCCGAGUGAUUGGCUGCCCGGGGCCCCUGGCGAAGGCUGUGUGGUCCAGCCCGGGUGGAGAGGGGCGGAGCGGCCACUGCUCCAACCACCGCCACCACCGCCACAGUCGCAGCCGCCGCAGCCUCGGCCGCCGGGCAAGUAGCUCUGAGCGGCGGCUUGCUGGGCGCCCCGACGCGGACCCGGGCGCCGCGCUCUGCUCGCUCCGCGCCCAAGCCAUGCCGGGCAGCCGCGCGUAAUUUCCGUGCCCCGGCCGCCGCCGACCUGACUCUGUGCACGGUCCCUGGCCCGAGCCGAGCUUUCCGUGCACGCAAGCAACUCCCUCCGUCUCCGCCGGCCCCUCGCAACCAUGCCCCGGGCGACUGCUCUCGGGGCCCUGGUGUCACUGCUGCUGCCUCUCCCGCUGCUGCUGCUGCCGCCGCUGCCCCGCGGCGCCGGGGGGCUCGCGGAGCGCUCGGACGCCGCCCCGGACUACUCGGCGCUGGAAGGCGAGGAGGGCGCGGAGCAGCAGCUGGAACAUUACCACGACCCGUGCAAAGCCGCUGUCUUUUGGGGAGACAUUGCCUUGGACGAGGAGGACCUGAAGUUAUUUCAUAUUGACAAAGCCAGAGACUGGAUCAAGCAGUCAGUAGAGGAAAGGGGACAUGGCACAGGUGGGCUCGAGGAGCAGCCUUUCGAGAGCUGGCAGAAUGCUACAGCCAUGAAUACCAGCAGCGAGGAAGCCAGAAAGGAUGGCCAGGAAAAUGCUAUGCUUCUGCAGAGCCCCGGAACCUCGAAUGCCAGAGCUGAGACCUUUUCUCCGCGUGUCCGAAGAGCCACAACCUCGAGGGCAGAGAGGAUAUGGCCUGGAGGGGUCAUCCCCUACGUCAUCGGAGGGAACUUCACUGGAAGCCAGAGAGCCAUUUUUAAGCAGGCUAUGAGACACUGGGAGAAGCACACCUGUGUGACCUUCAUAGAAAGGACUGAUGAAGAGAGCUUUAUUGUGUUCAGUUACAGAACGUGCGGCUGUUGUUCCUAUGUUGGGCGUCGAGGAGGAGGCCCUCAGGCCAUAUCCAUUGGGAAAAACUGUGACAAGUUUGGCAUUGUGGCACAUGAGUUGGGCCAUGUGGUUGGGUUCUGGCAUGAACACACUCGGCCCGACAGAGACCAGCAUGUCACCAUCAUCAGAGAGAACAUCCAGCCAGGUCAGGAGUAUAAUUUCUUAAAAAUGGAAGCUGGGGAAGUGAGCUCUCUGGGAGAAACGUACGACUUUGACAGCAUCAUGCACUACGCCCGGAACACCUUCUCAAGAGGAGUUUUCUUAGACACCAUCCUCCCCCGUCGAGACGACAAUGGCGUCAGGCCAACCAUUGGUCAGCGUGUGCGGCUCAGUCAGGGAGACAUAGCGCAAGCCAGGAAGCUGUACAAAUGCCCAGCGUGUGGGGAGACCCUGCAGGACACAACAGGAAACUUUUCCGCACCUGGUUUCCCAAAUGGCUAUCCUUCUUAUUCCCACUGUGUCUGGAGGAUAUCGGUCACUCCAGGGGAAAAGAUCGUCCUAACCUUCACCUCCAUGGAUUUGUUUAAAAGCCGCCUGUGCUGGUAUGACUAUGUGGAGGUCCGGGAUGGUUACUGGAGAAAAGCCCCCCUGUUGGGCAGGUUUUGUGGUGACAGGGCCCCGGAGCCCCUCACCUCCACGGACAGCCGGCUCUGGGUGGAGUUCCGGAGCAGCAGCAGCACCUUGGGCAAGGGUUUCUUCGCGGUGUACGAAGCUACGUGUGGGGGAGAUAUUAACAAAGAUGCUGGUCAGAUUCAAUCUCCCAACUACCCGGAUGACUACAGACCUUCCAAGGAAUGUGUCUGGAGGAUUACGGUUUCGGAAGGGUUUCACGUGGGGCUUACCUUCCAAGCUUUUGAGAUUGAAAGGCAUGACAGCUGUGCAUACGACUACCUGGAAAUCCGCGACGGCCCCACGGAAGAGAGUGCCCUGAUUGGCCAUUUCUGUGGCUACGAGAAGCCGGCAGAUGUGAAAUCGAGCUCCAACAGAAUGUGGAUGAAGUUUGUGUCCGAUGGCUCUAUCAAUAAAGCGGGCUUUGCAGCCAAUUUUUUCAAGGAGGUGGAUGAGUGCUCCUGGCCAGAUCACGGCGGGUGUGAGCAGCGCUGUGUGAACACUCUGGGCAGCUACAAGUGCGCGUGCGACCCUGGCUACGAGCUGGCUGCCGAUAAGAAGACGUGUGAAGUGGCCUGUGGCGGUUUUAUUACCAAGCUGAACGGAACCAUCACCAGCCCUGGGUGGCCGAAGGAGUAUCCUACAAACAAAAACUGCGUCUGGCAGGUGGUGGCCCCUGCUCAGUACCGGAUCUCCCUCCAGUUUGAAGUGUUUGAACUGGAAGGCAAUGAUGUCUGUAAGUACGACUUUGUGGAGGUGCGCAGCGGCCUGUCCCCCGAUGCCCGGCUGCAUGGCAAGUUCUGCGGCUCCGAGAUGCCCGAGGCUAUCACCUCCCAGAGCAACAACAUGCGUGUGGAGUUCAAGUCAGACAACACGGUCUCCAAACGGGGCUUUAGGGCCCACUUCUUUUCAGACAAGGAUGAGUGUGCCAAGGACAACGGCGGGUGCCAGCACGAGUGCGUCAACACGUCUGGGAGCUAUCUGUGCCGGUGCAGAAACGGUUACCGGCUCCACGAGAAUGGGCACGACUGUAAAGAAGCUGGCUGUGCGCACAAGAUCAGCAGUGCAGAGGGGACCCUGGCGAGCCCCAACUGGCCUGACAAAUACCCCAGUCGGAGGGAGUGUACCUGGAACAUCUCUUCAACCGCGGGCCACAGGGUGAAACUCACAUUCAACGAGUUUGAGAUUGAGCAGCACCAAGAAUGUGCCUACGACCACCUGGAGCUUUACGACGGAGCCGACAGCCUGGCGCCCAUCCUUGGCCGUUUCUGUGGCAGCAAGAAACCAGACCCCGUGGUGGCUUCAGGCAGCAGCCUGUUCCUCAGGUUUUAUUCGGAUGCCUCUGUGCAGAGGAAAGGCUUCCAGGCAAUGCACAGCACAGAGUGCGGGGGCAGCCUGAAGGCCGAAGUGCACACCAAAGAGCUGUAUUCCCACGCCCAAUUUGGGGACAACAACUACCCGAGCCAGGCCCGCUGUGACUGGGUGAUCGUGGCGGAGGACGGCUACGGCGUGGAGCUGAUAUUCCGCACCUUCGAGGUGGAGGAGGAGGCUGACUGUGGCUACGACUACAUGGAGGCCUACGACGGCUACGACAGCACCGCGCCCAGGCUCGGCCGCUUCUGCGGCUCCGGGCCACUGGAAGAGAUCUACUCGGCAGGAGAUUCUCUAAUGAUUCAAUUCCACACGGACGACACCAUCAAUAAGAAAGGCUUUCACGCCCGAUACACUAGCACCAAGUUCCAGGAUGCCCUGCACAUGAAGAAAUAAUGUCGAUGUUCUUGAAAGGAACUGAGAAUGUUUUUUGUAACAAUAGCACCUUGUGAAUCUGCCCUAAACCGGUGUAUAGUAUUUUUCUCAAAAACUCAGAAUCUAGUGUUGGAGGUCUGUCUCUGAUGAAGUUUGGCCAACAAGGAAGAGGGAAGAUGUUUUUUGAUUCUGGCUACAACAUUAUCAGUCAUGGGCUCUUAAGAUUAAGGUUUUGAAGUUACUUACCAUUCAAGCUACGCCUGGUCAUACUCAUUCCCUUUGUCCCAUGCUCCUCUGGGGCAAGAGGCCGGCCUUUGGGUUGGUCAUUCCUCUAUUUCUGGAUGUGCUUCUGUAGGUGCCAGGCAGCGUGACUGUGUCCUGAAGACUCAGGCUGUUUUCCGUCUACACUGGGCAGUGAGGAUAAGAGCUUGGCCAUGGCUGAGUUGUUACUCACCGGCUUGGCUGGAGACUUUGGCUUUCUAUCUGCCAGGGACAUGUCAACCAGGAAACCUGAGAAUAUGGAUGUCAGGACUAAAAAAGGACUCACAGUAAGCAGUGCACAGAGAGAGCUUGAGUAUGAGAAUCGUCACAAAACUAGUUGACAUCAAGCCUUCGGUCUGUGUCAUUGGCAUUCCUUGCCACUUUGGGAUUCCCUCAUCCCUAACUGCACUAGGAGGCUGAGGCAUCCACUAUUAAUUCCAGCAACAUAUUUGCCAGUGAGAGACCCCAGUUUGCCGAGAAGAAAACAUCCUGGAUCCUCCUGAUACUCCUUUACUGGCUGACUUUGAGAAGAUGCCACCCAUGCUUGGGAUUCCAUGGGCCUAGAAGACCAUUUCCUCCUCCAGCUUUAAAGGCACUUCCUGUGGUUGACCUUGACUUCUUGACAACUGAUUCAAACUGCAUUUGCAAGAUGUGCAAAGACAGCCUAUGAAGGACCAGUUCAGGUCCCUCGUGGGGUGAACACUGUUGAAAACUGGUUAAUUAAAAGUUAUGUAAGAAUCAUCAUCUGUGGGACAAGUCAACUUUGUGACUAACUUCCUGUCAGCAGUCAGGUUAAAGAGUGCAUUGGUAACUUUGCUCAGGCUAACUAGUAUUCAAUCACCAACUUGCAAUCAGAAUUCACCACAUUGGCACAUGUUCUAGAGAAGUGUAGAGAAUGUUGUUUACAUAAUUUUAGAACCUCCAGGUGGACUUCAAACAGUGAGGUAGUUUUGAAUGGCAUUUCAUUAAGGCAUCUAUGGGCAUUAUGAGCUAAAAGCUGUGGUAUGUUAGCUUUAAAAGAGUAUUUAUGUUGGAAUCAUUUUUAAAUAAUGUUUACAUAACCGUAAGUCCUGUUUGGUUGGUAUUGAACACAGGACAGCACAGAGAGUGUUUUCCGUGAGACCUGAGAUAGCUCCCAAGCGCCAGAAUUCCUUUGGGACGAAGCAAUGGCAUUUUAAACAGAGUGUUCAUAAAAUCUUAAAAGUUAUAUUUUUUAAAGAUCAGAAUAUGUCCCCAGAGGACUAUGCCUAAUUAAAAUGAUGGCUGGGAGUAAAACAAACAAAGGAUAGUACAAAGAAAGGUAGAAGAAAUGCAUGGAAAUAUAUUUUUUUCCUUAAAACAGAAAAAAAUGCAAAGUAUUAUUAUUAAUAAUAAUAUAUGUCUGUAUAUAUGUAUGUAUGUAAAGGAUCAGCUGUCAGAGCCUUAAUCAAUGCAGUGUGACAAAUGCCGAUCGUAGCUUUACUGAGCGGGCCCUCUUGGACCAGCCCUGAUUUUCUGUGUCUCCUUCGCCACGCCCUCUCUUGGCCCUGAUGGAGAUUCGCCCGCAUUCUCAAGUCCUGGUGCAUCGUAGACCCUGUGGGGGGGGG